CAAGGUAUCUCCUCACCACACAAACUCUGUUAGCCUGCGUUGUCAGUCAGUUUUUGGGACAGGCGCAAGCCGCGGUACAGUAUGGGAGCACGGCGCCUUUCGAUAGCCCCUGACUGGAUUACCACUCUCCGCAGAGCGUGAGGACAGGUUGAAAAGUUUCAGGGGUGAGCCAUCUCUGGGGACUUAUGAGCUGACGAUCCAUGAGGAGCCGCUAAACAUGAGUGCCACAGAAGCAGGCCUGCUGCUUGCUCUCACGGCUGUCUUAUUGCACAUAGCGAGCUGUCAUGGGAGCCUGGAAAAGGGCUUCUCUCCUCUGAGCUUCACCCACCAUCUGUACAAUGCCACGAUUUAUGAGAACUCUGCCCCAAGGACCUAUGUGGACAGCCCAGUCAAAAUGGGCGUCGUGGUUACAGAUGUCUUCUGGAACAUCAAAUACAAAUUAGUUGCUGGGGAUGAUGACAGUCUUUUCAAAACCGAGGAGGAAACUGUGGGAGAUUUCUGUUUCCUACGGUUAAGAACUCGGAGCAGUAACUCUGCUCUACUGAACAGGGAAGUGAGAGAUAGUUACACACUCACCAUUGAGGCCACCGAAACCACCUAUGACUACCAGGCCAGGACAAAGGUAUUGAUCCGAGUGCUUGACACCAAUGACCUGAAACCACUGUUUUAUCCAGCAUCCUACAAUGUUAACAUCAAGGAGGACACUCCGCUGAAAUCCAGUGUGGUUCGUGUCAGUGCCACAGAUGCUGACAUAGGUAGCAAUGCUGACUUCUAUUACACCUUCAUUAGCAGAACACACCCCUUUGCAGUCGACCCCUUUACAGGGAUGAUUAGCCUCAUUAAGAAGCUUGACCACAGUCGAGCGCAAAGGUACGACCUCACAGUUUUAGCUGAGGACAGGACCAAGAAGAUCUCAGGGAUACAAAAGUUUGGUAAUGAGGCCAGGGUUGUGGUGAACAUAGAGAAGGUCUCUGUUGAACCUCCAUUAAUCCAACAAGUCACAAUAGUAACACCCAAAGAGGAUGACAACAGACUAUAUGUAAAUGUUGCUGUGGAAGCAAGGACGAAAGAGGUUGAAUCAUUAAGUGUUGUUGCUGGAGAUCCAGCUGGGUAUUUUGAAAUUAUUCCAGCCAAUCUUGAAGGAUAUAACUUCCAGGUAGUUUCCACAAGAAGGAUAGACUGGUCAAACUACCCAUUUGGAUUAAACUUCUCCCUUCAAGCAAAAGAUAGGAGCAAUCCCCCAUUGCUUUCUUUGACAAAAGAGGUCCAUGUUUCCCCUUUGAAACUUACCCCAUUAAAAUUUGAGAAAGAAGUCUACCAUAUUACAUUAAGUGAGUUUGCCCCACCAAAGAGUCCAGUAGUCAGAGUAACAGUUAAACCAAGCAAUGCUAAUGUCACUUACCAAAUCAAAAAUAACCCAGAUAGUUUGAAAUUCAAGAUUUACCCCAAGAGUGGCCUGGUUGUAACCACAGAAGGUGUGGACUUUGAAAAGAAGUCUCGUUAUGAAUUCAGCGUGACAGCAAAUCACGGGGAGGUGCAGGCACGUGUCAUCGUUGUCAUAACUGAUGAAAAUGAUAAUGCCCCCACGUUUGCACAAUCUUUGUACCAGGGUUCGGUCCAAGAGAACGUGCCAAUAGGCACUAGCAUUUUAACAGUCACUGCUACGGAUAGGGACAGGGGUAAGAAUGGCUUUGUGACCUAUGCCAUCGCCAAUGCGGGGCCACUGCCUUUUGAGGUGGAUCCCUUCACGGGAGUAAUUUCAACUUCAGAGGAGCUGGAUUAUGAGCUGAUGCAGAGGUGGUACCACCUCAGAGUCUGGGCUUCUGAUAGUGGUAGACCCUUCAGCCGAGUGAGCGAAUGUUCUGUGACGAUUAUCAUGAACAAUGUCAACGACAAUGUACCAUUGUUUGAGAGGGUUGGCUGCAAUGCCACCAUCCCUCAGGACUUUGCCGUUGGAGAGAGCAUCGGUGCCAUGUCUGCUGUAGACCUGGAUGAAUUACAUCAAGUCAGAUACGGGAUUGAGUCUGGCAAUGAGUACAACUUGUUUGAGAUUGACCCAAUGACAGGAGUCAUCAGAUUAGUUAAAAGCAUUCCCAAAUCUCUGUUCGUUGGAGAGAUGCCUUCGUUUAACCUCAAAAUAACAGCUACGGAUGGGACACACAGUGCCGUCACGACCACUGUAAGCAUUGUCGUCACCAACACUGGUACUGAGGCCAGCAUGCAUUGUCAAGAAACAGGGGUUUUCAAGAAGCUGACGGAAAGACUGAUUGAGUCCAUCAAGCUUGAGACAGCUGUUGAAGAAGAGGACACAUAUUCAGAUAUCCACAUUAUUAACAGGCACUCUCCAAAGUUUGAAACAGGUUUGCCAAGCUCCAUUGACCUCAGGGAAGACUACCAACUGAAUUUCACCAUCUUACAUUUUCGAGCUAUGGAUGCUGAUACAGGUUUUAAUGGCAAGCUUGUGUACUCUAUCUCUAGUGGAAAUGAAGAUGGAUGCUUCACCAUCGAUAUGGACUCUGGAGAUCUUAGGAUUAUUUAUCCUUUAGAUAGAGAGAAAAAAGCAUUCUACAUCCUGAACAUUACCGUCUAUGACUUAGGGACUCCACAGACAUCUGCAUGGAAGUUCUUGGCUGUGAAUAUUUUAGAUGCCAAUGACAAUCCACCCAUGUUUGAUCAGUCCAUGUAUGUUCUGAGCAUACCUGAGAACACAGAGGUGGAUAAAAGCAUCUUUGAAUUCCAUGCUAUUGAUAAUGACUUGGAUGAUAAUGGAAUCGUUAAGUAUUCUCUGCUAACAUCAACCGAAGCAUUCAAGAUCAAUGAGCAAACCGGAGUAGUGAAGGUAGCAGGGCGAUUGGACAGAGAAACAAAUCCAAGACAUGACUUAAAAAUUGAAGCAAGAGAUCAAGCUAAAGUGGACUCUCCGUUAUUAUCAGUAACUGAUCUGGUGGUGGUCUUAAAGGACAUCAAUGACAAUCCUCCCAGGUUUGUGCCAAAAGUCUACAGGAUUCAAGUGCCUGAAGAUGUACCUGUAGGGACAGUGCUAUUAUGGGUUGAAAGCUUUGACUUAGAUCUCGGGGCAGGAGGAGAGAUCAGCUACAACCUGAAGAACAGUGAGAAUGAUGCUUUUUUCCUGGAUACAUCAACAGGUUGCCUGACUCUUGAGAAAGAGCUGGACUUUGAGAGGAAGUGGUUGUAUAAUCUCACGGUUCGGGCAGUGGACCAUGGGCAGCCGCGUUCCCUGUCAUCCUCCUGCUUCAUAGAGGUCGAGGUUCUGGACGUAAAUGAAAAUCUGAACGCCCCAGCCUUUUCUUCAUUUGUCUACAAGGCACCAGUCAUGGAGGAUGCAGUAGUAGGCACCUCGGUAGUCACUCUGACUGCAGUUGACAAGGACUUAGGGAAAGAUGGAGUCGUGAGGUACCGUAUCCAUGAUGGGACUGGCCUGGGCGUGUUCAUCAUUGAUGAGGAAACAGGAGUUAUUCGAACUGCAGACACCUUGGACCGAGAGACUGUUUCCCACUACUGGUUGACAGUUUAUGCCACAGAUUUGGGCACUCUACCCCUGGUGUCCUGGACGGAGGUGUUUAUUGAAGUGAUGGACAUUAAUGACAACCCUCCGGAGCUCUCCAAACCCAUUUACUUUGGGUCGGUGCUCGAAAAUUCUCCCAGGGACAAGUUUGUGUUAAAAGUGGAAGCCACAGAUGUCGACCUCGCCUCUGAGGGCAAACUCACCUUCCAGAUCCUAGACACACAGCGCACAUAUUUUGCCAUCAACUCCAAGACAGGUGCGAUCACCACUCAGGCUGUCCUGGAUCGUGAACAAAAAGCAGAACACAUCAUUGAGGUGAUUGUGUCUGACAACGGCACCCCAGCGCUACGCUCCACUGCCACAGUGGUCAUCCAGGUGCUGGAUGAGAAUGACAACAGCCCCCAGUUCAGCCACAAGUUCUUCCAGGUGAAGCUGCCGGAGCAACAGGGACUGGCUGAGCCGCGGGAAGUGUACAGGAUGGUCAUCCGGGACAACGACGAGGGCCCCAAUGCUGAAGUCAGCUUCAGCCUGGAGGAUGACCUGGAACAGAAGUUUGACAUCCACCCCACGACUGGCGUGGUGUCCUCCAAAAGUGACUUUGGGCAUGGAAACUACACCAUCCUCACGAUUAAAGCGACAGACCACGGAAGCCCAGUAAGGAUGUCCACAGCCCGUCUGGACAUUGAAUGGCUUCCCAAGCCGAUGCCCACCUCUGAGAUACUGGCCUUUGAUGAGCCACACUUUACCUUCGCCGUCAUGGAGACGGAUCCUGCCACUCAUAUGGUGGGGAUCAUCAGCACAGAAAUCACCCCAAACCUGCUCUGGUUUGACAUCAUAGGUGGCGAUGACGAGCGGGACUUUGAUAUUGAAAAGAAUACUGGGAGCAUCGUGAUUGCUAGGAGGUUGGACGCAGGGAAGAAAUCCAACUACAACCUAACUGUGAGGGUCACGGAUGGGUCCCAGGCCGUAACCACACAGGCUUACAUACGUGUGCUGGACAUGAAUGAACACCGGCCCGUGUUCCUGAAGAGCCAGUAUGAGGUGAGGGUACCGGAGGACACAGCGCCCUGGAAAGAGAUCCUGCAGAUCAGCGCCAGUGAUGAGGACAGCAACAGCAGGCUGCUCUAUACUAUCCACAGCAGCACCCAUCCAGACAGCAUGAAUUGCUUCCAGCUGGACCCCAACAGCGGAGUCCUUGUCAUGAGAGAGGAGCUGGACUUCGAGAUGCUGCCCGUGCACACCCUCAUUUUGAUGGUUCGGGAUCACGAGAUACCCAUGAAAAGGAACUUUGUGAAGGCUGUUAUCUAUGUGGAGGACUGCAAUGACCAUUCUCCUGUGUUCAUGAGCUCACGCUAUGAGGGCAGUGUUCUGAACCUGGCAGCCACUGGCACAGAGGUGCUGCGAGUUAAGGCCUUGGAUAAGGACAAGGGCAGCAACGCCGAAAUCGUCUAUUCAUUCCAUUCAGGGAACAUUGAUGGUGCAUUCAGUAUUGACCGUCAGACAGGAAGUAUAAAGGUGGCGAAGCCUUUAGAUAACCUACCACAGGAACAAUACCACCUCACUGUAAAGGCUGCAGAUCAGGGCUUCCCCCAGCGCAGUGAUCUUAGCUCUGUCACCAUCCGUGUUAAACUCUCAGAAAAAACGCCACCCAAGUUCACUUCAGAUGAAUACUUCACUGAAGUCAGUGAAUCUAGCCCCUUGGGUUCCCCGUUUAUCACUGUUACUGCCUCCAGUCCUUCUGCUGUGCACUACAAGAUCAAAGAUGGGGACCCCAAUGGAACGUUCCAUAUCAACUACUACUCCGGAGUACUUUCCCUUCAAAAACCUCUCAAUUUUGAGGAGCGCUUCACCUACCAGCUUAAAAUAAGAGCCUCCAGCCUGGCAGGAAGCUUCUCAGAUGCUAUGGUUUAUGUCUAUGUGAUCGAUGAGAAUGACAACCCACCAGUUUUUCUUCAGGAUGAGUUUGUUGGGCAGAUCAGUGAGUCUGCGCAUGUAAACAGCAUGGUGAUGGGAGAGAAAAACACCCCUCUGGUGAUCCGGGCUACUGACGCAGACAAGGAUGUCAAUGCCCUGCUAGUCUUUCAAAUCCUCGAACCUGAGGUGCAGAAAACCUUCAGAAUUGAUCCCAGUAUGGGUACCCUCUCGAUAAUAUCUCCUGUUGACUUUGAAUUGACUCCAGAAUUCCAUUUUAGCGUUCAAGUUCAGGACUCUGGGGAACCGUCGUUAUGUGCGGCCAAACCAGCAAAAGUGACCAUUCGAGUCCUAGAUUUCAACGACUGCCCACCCGUUUUUACCUCACCAGUGUAUGAAACAUCGAUCACGCUUCCCGCUUUUCAUGGCAUGGAGGCCAUCCAAGUGACAGCAAAUGAUGCAGAUUCAGAUGUGUCCUACAGCAUUUAUGACGGUAACAUUAACAAUGCUUUCAGUAUCCAUCCCACUACAGGCAUUAUCUCUCUGGACAAUGUUUCCAACUUCAAACAACAUUACCAGCUCUUUGUCAAAGCCUCUGAUGGCUUAUACAAAGAUACAGCCAUGGUUAAAAUAAAUGUCACCAACAUCACAAUGACUAAUCUUAGAUUUGAGCAGAAAUAUUAUGCAACCACUGUGAUGGAGAACACAACCUUUAUUAAAACCUUAGCAGUUGUAAGAGCUUCUGGGAGCUAUUUGAAUGAGCCUUUAAUAUACACAGUUCAAAACCCAGAGGGGUUGUUUUCAGUGAUCCAGACUUCUGGGGUUCUGGAAACCACUGGAGUUCCUUUUGACAGGGAGGAACAAGAUGAGUAUGAUGUGGCAGUACAAGUGAGGGACCUGCGGAGUCCUCCUCGCGUAGCUGUCACCCACGUGAAGGUGUAUGUAGACGACGCCAACGACAACGCACCUGAGUUUCUGAACUUGCCUCACUCCAUCAUGAUCUCUGACGAUGCUGAGCCAGGGGAUGUGCUCUAUCAAGUAACAGCAACUGAUAAGGACCUUGGGGAAAAUGGAUCCAUCAUGUAUGAACUUGAAGAAGACUUUGACCUCUUCAGGAUAGAUCCUUAUCUUGGGGAUGUGUCACUUCAAAGACCCCUUGACUUUGAAUCAAUGAAUAAGUAUGUACUCACUGUGCUAGCUGGGGAUGAGGGAGAGCCGAGCUUGACAUCUGUAGCAGAUUUGCAGAUCCAAAUCAGAAAUCGGUCCAAUCCCAUAUUUCAGAGCUUGCACUACCCUUUGAGGAUUCCCGAGAAUAUUUCACCUUUCACAACCAUCCUGCAUGUACAAGCCAGGAAUCCUGAGGGCUAUCGCCUGAUCUACAAUCUUGUUGAAGAAAAUGCCUCAAGAACAUUUCACAUUGACUUUAAAACUGGUGUCUUAAGUGUCACAGAUCGUUUGGAUUUUGAGACUCAAUCCAAGCAUGUUCUGACAGUUAGGGCCACUGAUUCUGUGACAGGAGCAUUCUCAGAUGCUACGGUUGAUAUAGAAGUUGAGGAUAUUAAUGACAAUGCCCCAGUAUUUGAACAGCUGACUUACACUGCACAGGUAUUAGAGGGAUCACCCAUUGGCACUUCUGUUAUACAGAUUUCUGCCACAGACAAAGACUCUGGAAGAAACAAAGCAAUAACCUACCAAAUAAUGGGGACUGGGAAAAAUGAAACAGACUUCUUUGACAUCGAUCCACUCAGUGGCCUUCUAGUAAUAACCCAAGUACUGGACUAUGAAGCUAUUCAGCAAUUCCAUUUGAAAAUCAAAGCUAUAGAUAAUGGGGUGCCCCCUAUGAGCAGUGAGGCCUUCAUCACUGUAAAUGUCACUGAUAUCAAUGAUAACCCUCCAAGCUUCAAUGAGGAUCAGUACCAUGCUACACUUAAUGAAAUGGCUACGUGUGGCCACAUAGUUAUCAAAAUCCAAGCAUCGGAUCCUGACAGUGAGGAUCUCAACAAUUUAGAAUACACAAUACUAUCUGGUAAUGAAGACAGACAUUUUACCAUUAACAGAUCAUCAGGCUUAAUUUCAUUUUCCAAUGUUUGCAAGAAAAGCCUGGAUCCUUUUUAUAACCUCACAGUAGCUGUUUCAGAUGGUAUUUUUCAAAAGACAGCGCCAGUUAACAUUGACAUGAUGAACAGUAACAAACACAGUCCCUACUUUGACAAAAAUAUCUAUGAAGCUGAGCUGGCAGAGAACGCUGAGGCUGGAACCCGUGUGAUCAGACUGGCUGCAAUAGACCCUGACGAUGGUCCAUAUGGCAGCGUGGACUACACGAUCAUCAACAAGCUUGCAGAUGAAAAAUUCACCAUAGACAACAAGGGACAAAUAGUAACAUCUCAGCCCCUGGACAGGGAAAACCCAACCCAGAGAGUGAUUGCCAUUAAGGUUAUGGCAAAAGAUGGUGGAGGCAGGGUUGCAUUUUGCACCGUGAAGAUAAUCCUCACUGACGAGAACGACAAUGCCCCUCAGUUCAAGGCUUCCGAGUACCAAGUCUCUAUUCAGUCCAACGUUAACAAAGGCUCCCCCGUCAUCCAGAUAAUGGCGUAUGAUGCGGACGAUGGCAAGAACGCGGAUGUCACCUACACUGUUGAUGAGGCGGAGGAGGUGACAGAGGAGGUCAUUGAGAUCAAUCCCUUCACCGGUGUCAUCAGUGUCAAGGAGAGCCUUGUUGGCCUUGAGAACAAAAUCUUCAAUUUCAAAGUGGAGGCUCGAGAUGGGGGCAUCCCAUUUUAUAACUCCACUGUGCCUGUGCAAGUCAAGGUGGUGCCACCAGAAGUGCCCCUGCCAAGGUUUUCAGAGCCUCUGUACACCUUCUCUGCCUCAGAGGACCUUCCUUUGGGAGCGGAGGUAGGAAUAGUCAAGGCUGAUGCGGAUAUGCCAAUCAUAUACAGCUUAGUAGAUGGCAAUACAGUGGAGAGCAACAAGGAGCGGGCGUUUGCUGUGGACAAAGAUACUGGGGCUCUGUUUGUCCAGAAGAGCAUAGACCACGAGAAGACAAAGUGGUAUCAGAUUGAUGUCAUGGCCCACUGCAACCACAAUGGAACUGAUGUGGCCUCGCUUGUGUCUGUCAGCAUCCAAGUCCAAGAUGUGAAUGACAACCAUCCCGUGUUCGAGGCUAACCCUUAUCAGGCAUUCCUGGCUGAAAACAUGCCGCCGGGGACCACCGUCAUCCAGGUGACAGCAAACGACCCGGAUACAGAAACCAACGGGAAGGUGACUUACAGGGUGGAGCCAGAGCCGGAUGAUGUCAGCGAGGUAUUUGCCAUUGACAGUGAGAGCGGCUGGAUCACCACCUUGAAGGAGACGGAUUGUGAGGCCACCAGGCUCUACCGGUUCUAUGUGGUGGCCACUGACAAUGGAGGAAAAGUCAAGCUGUCUUCUUCGGUUUUGGUGGAGGUGACAGUGACAGAUGAGAAUGACAACCCUCCACAGUUCACAGAAGAGGCUUACCAGGGUUCUGUCAUUGAGAACAGCGGGUCUGGAGAGGCCAUUGUCACUGUGAGCAUCACUGAUGCUGACAUAUCAGGAGAGAACAGGAAAGUCACCUGUUACAUAACAGAUGGAGACCCACUGGACCAAUUCUCCAUUGUGCAAGUGGGAGAGGAGUGGAAGGUGACCCUGAAGAGCCCUCUAGACAGAGAAGCUAAGGAGAAAUACAGCCUAAAGAUAAUUGCCACCGAUGGAAGAUUUCAGGCCUCUGCCACAGUGGAUGUUCAUGUUCUUGACAUUAAUGAUAACAGUCCUUUGUGUGAACAGCUGCUCUACACAGAGGUCAUCAUGGAGAAUUCUCCAUCUGGAUUGUUCAUUUUGAAAGUUUCUGCUACAGACCCUGACAUCGGCACUAAUGGCCAGAUAGCAUUCACUCUUCAUGGUCCCAACGCAGACAAGUUCCAUCUUGACCCACAGACAGGCGAGCUUUUCACCCUGGGUGUGUUAGACCGUGAACAGGAUGCCGAGUAUGACCUGGUGGCCAAGGCCUCCGAUGGUGGAGGCCGCUCUUGCCAGGCAGACAUUCUGCUGAUGAUCCAGGACAUGAACGACAACCCACCCAGAUUCUCCACCAGCCAUUAUGAAGUGACUGUUUUCGACAACACCACCGUGAGGACCCCUAUCGCUGUAAUUUAUGCCAAAGAUCCAGAUACCGGCAUAAACUCAGAGGUGGUUUAUUCACUACUGGGCUCCGACAGCAGCUAUUUCUCCCUGGACGAGUUCUCAGGUAUCCUGCGUUUGGAGAGGUCCCUGACUGAUGCACCCCAGUCCAGUUUUGAGCUGAAGGUCCAAGCCACUGACCGAGGGCUCCCUCGCCACCUGUACUCUAUUGCCACGGUGGCCGUGACUGUGGUGGACCUCAGCGACUACCAGCCAGUCUUCCUGAGCACUGAAUACACCGCCCAGAUCCCAGAAUCCACCCCUGUUGGGGCAGAGAUCUUGAGUGUCUCUGCCCUCGCAAAAGAUGUGGCUGACAAUGCGCCAGUUGUGUAUGCAAUCAUCUCUGGCAAUGAGCAUGGGAAGUUUGAAAUCGAUUCAAAAACUGGUGCUCUGUUUGUGAACGGGUCCCUGGACUUUGAGCGCUGCCGUGAGUACUACCUGUCGGUGGAGGGGGCGAGAGGCAAGUCUUCUCUCAGCGACAUUGCCAUGGUGAUUAUCAACAUCACGGACAUCAACGACAACCCGCCCGUCUUCAGCCGGGGAGACUACAGUGCUGAAAUCUCCGAGGAUAUCUCGCCUGGAGACAUGGUGAUGCAGGUUUCUGCUGACGACCUUGAUGGGCCACUGAACAACCUCAUUCAUUUCUCCAUUGUGAACGGUGACCCUCAACAGCAGUUCAGCAUUGAUCCCCGCAGUGGAGAGAUCAGAGUGAUCCGCAGGCUGGACCGGGAGGAGGUUACCCAUUACUCCUUAACUGUGCAAGCUGCGGACAGAGGAGAGCCUCCCUUGUCCACUGCUGUGCAGGUUACUGUGACGGUCUCUGACGUCAACGACAACCCUCCUGUGUUCUCCCGGAUUGACCACAGUCUCGUCCUCCAGGAAGGCGAGCCUGUGGGAAGCAGCAUUCUCCAGCUCAUGGUGACAGACCGAGACACACCCCAGAAUGGACCCCCUUUCUCCUUUCACAUUGUGUCUGGGAAUGAGGACAGGCGCUUCCACAUUGACCAAGGGGGGCUACUCUCCAUUGCGGGCCCGCUUCGGAAGAGGACUAAGGCGCAACACCUGCUGAAAAUACAGGUGACAGACAGUGGUCACCCCCCGCUGUCCUCAAUAUGUGUAGUCAGAGUCAAUGUCACCGAGCAGAGCAAGCAUCCUCCAGCUGUAGUGCCCCUGGAUGUCUUCAUAACCACCACGGAGAAGUCCUUCUCCAGCAGGGUCAUCGGCAAACUCCAUGCCACUGACCAAGACCUCCACGAUGUCCUGUCCUACAAGCUAGCCUCGGAGUCCCCAGACAGCAGCCACUUCUCUGUGGACGAGGUGGACGGGAAAAUCGUGGCAGAGCAUGCUCUGGAGCCAGGACUGUAUUUUCUGAAUGUGAGCGUGUCAGACGGGCGGUUCAGAACCUGGGCAGGGGUGCGGGUCCAUGUGUGGGGCGCCUCCCAGCAGAUCCUGGACCAAGGCGUCACCCUGCAGCUGGCUGGCCUGUCACCCGAGGAGUUUGUGGGCGACCACUGGAGGGCGCUGCAGCGCAGCCUGGGAGCGGGGCUGGGGGUGCCCAGACAGGAGCUGCACGUGGCCAGCUUACAGCAGGAGCCGGGCUCCACGAUUCUGGAAGUUCUUCUUGUGUGGAGGCAGCAGGGCGGCACCGCAGAGCCGCUGGCAGCCAGCCGCCUCGCCAGCGUCAUCUCCGACGUGGAGGACACAGUGGGCAUCAAUGUCCUGAGGGUGCGCCAGGGCAGCUGUCUGGGAGGGGACUGUCCGCCGAGAGACUGCAGGAACAUUGUCCGCAUGUCAGGAGAGAAGAUGACCCACUACACCUCAGCCCGGACUGGCUUCAUCACCCCGCAGCACUCCUGGGAGAGCGUGUGCUCCUGCAAUGAGUCGGCAGUGAAAUUUGACGGGAAGGGUUACCUCAAGUACCUUUACCAGGCAGAUGGGGAGAAGCAGUUGGAGAAGAACUUUCGGCUUUCCCUCCGCAUCAAGACUUUUCAAGGGCAAGGCCUGGUCAUGACCACUAAUGCCACCGACUGGGGAUCCCUGGAGCUCGUUGACGGGGAGCUCAAGUUCAAGUACGGCUGCGGGAAUGGGCUUCCAGGCACCCUGCGCGUUCGGACCGACCCGGUGUCAGAUGGCCGCUGGCACCACGUCCUGCUGGAGGUGAACGGCACGGUGCUGAGGCUGACGCUGGACCGGACCCACUCCACCUCCAUCACGCUGUCCGAACAGUGCCGCCUGCUCCAGCCACACGGGGCGCUGGUGUUCGCGGCCCCGCCGGGCCACAGGGAGGCCCAUGUGCAGGGUUUCAGGGGCUGCCUGGACAACCUGGAGUUCAACGGAGAGGCCCUGAGGGACACGGAGGAGCGAGACGGACACGGGCUCAGACUCCAGCCAGGGGAGAGGAGGGUGUUUGGACUGUACCAGUGCUGCUCACAGACAGAGGGGUGCGCCAACAACCCAUGUCAGAACGGAGGAACCUGCGAGGAGAACUCAAACGGAGAGUUCCGCUGCAGCUGCCCACUGCAGUACUUUGGCUCCCGCUGCGAGCUGGGCAACAACCCUUGCUGGUCCCAGCCAUGUGCCCACGGAGGGGUGUGUGUGCCAAAGGCUCAAGGUUACAUCUGCAACUGCCCACAGCAAAUCACUGGCAGCAGAUGUCAAAACCUCAUUGAUGCAUGCUCACCGAACCCCUGCCCAAGUGGUUAUGACUGUAAAAUGGCAGAGGGCUCUGUGCACUGCGACCCUCUGCCCCAGGUAUCUGGGAAUUUCGGCUUGCUGGAGAUUGUGGAGAUCUCCGCCAGCGUGCUGGGGCUCCUGUUCUUGGUGGGGCUCUUUGUCUGUGUGCGCAAGCGUUAUGUCCAGCGGAAAAAGCACAAGCCGGUCAGCACCCGUGACUCCGAUGGCUACUACCAGACCAACAUGGCCAAGAGCAUGAUGGGAGACACCCAGGACACUCCGCCCAUUGAGAUGAACAUGCUGGCGCAGUCCAGAAAUGACUUGGACCACGACCCGUUCAGGUCCCUGAAGCCUCGUGGGCAGGCCAAGCUCGGCUCUCUGGGGGCGCGACCCCAGAGGUCACAGGGUCCAGUGGUGUGCAGCGUAGCCCCGAACCUACCCCCUCCACCACCUUCCAGCUCAGACAAUGAAUCCAUCCUGAAAAACAACUGGGAACUGGAUUAUGAUGUGUAUCCUGCUGACCCUGACUAUUACGGCCGGCCGACCGUCCAGGAGUUCCCACAGUUUGACAUCGUGGAGGACACUUUCCCGCCCGUGACAGCCGUGGACCCCCGCAGGACAGCCCGUUUCGGGGGUUUCCCCUUCCCCCUGGAGCGCUGCGACCGCCGGGCCCCCCUUCCCCCAUGCUACAGCAACCAAAACCUGGAUGACUUCCUGGGACCCGACGGGCAGCCCCUGCCCAGUCCCCAGUGCCCCAAUGAGUACACGGCCAUCAGCUACUACCCCACCCAGCAUACGCGCAGCCUGGACAACGUGUCGGGCAGCAGCUACCAGCGGCUGAGCAUGCGGCUGAGCGUGGCCCAGCCCUCCUACGCGGACUGCGGCGGGCCCUCCCAGGGAGCCCCGCCCGCACAGGCGCGCGCGGCCCGCAGCUACGCUGGCUCGGACAUGGUGGAGAGCGACUACGGCAGCUGCGAGGAGGUCAUGUUCUAGGCGCGGGCGGUGUGUGUACGGCGUGGGGGGAGGGAGGUGAGGCACGCCCAACAUACCGAUCAGGCAGCUUUCAGAAGGACACCCCGGAGCUAAGCAACUUCCAGAGACAUGUUGGCCGUCAGAUUCCCCCUGAAGCGGCCCGCGGCACCAAACAGCAGGGUGGGCUUUAAGCAAAGCACGUUUUUCCAGCUUUCAUUGUUUUUCACUUUUGAGGAAAUGACCACAGAGGAAAAUGGCCUGUUCCCUCUUCCCCAGGGCCUGCAUCACUCCUCAUAAACUCCGCAGAGGUGAACAAAUCUUUGCUUUCCUCUCUACGAGUCCCACUACGACUUCAUGAAGCAGCCUGUAUAUUGGUAGCAAUUACCAGACAUCAACAUCCUACCAGCAAAUGUAAUAUUGCAGUUUAAAUUUAGUCUUGAUCUCUUAAGCACACUACAGGCUUUCUUUUGGGUUGUCUGGAUUUGCUGUUGACAAUAACUUUGCUGUGAUGAAUGUGAACAGAAACACAGACAUUGAUACUACACCGGUAGAGCAAGAAAAUGACUGAUACAUAGCCAAAUAUUUUUUUCAUUUAUUCAUGUUCAUAUUUUUCAGAGACUAUUUAUGUGUUUUUUAUGUGCUUGAACUCAUAUCCUCUUAUAUUUGGACGUAAUGAGGCCAAAACUGUGUUUUGGCUUGAUGGCUUGCUUGAAUCAAUAUGAAAUGCUUUAGUGUUCAGCGAUGUACAUGAAACAUGCAAUUGUUGUCACUCAGCAGCAUUAAGGGAGAGCCAGACAGGUAGAAUCCAAAACAAGCACAAUAACACCAUUUGAUCUUCUAUCUAAAAGUCUAGCUAUGAAUUCACAGACCACUACUCAGAUACAUUUGAUAUGACUGCCGUGAUCAAAAAAUAGCUUUCUUUAUGUUGAACAAAUUGAAAUAUUCUAUCAAUGCAAUGACCAGCUUAUUAGUUAACUAGUAAAAUCAAACAAUGCUAUAUCUAGAUAAUGAAUUUUUAUGCUAUAGGCCAGAGUGUAUUUGUUGUCCUGGGAGAUGUUUCGACAAUGUUGAAAGUUCAUAAAUGCAAACAUGGGGGCUGGCACCUCUUAAAAAUGCAAAAAUAAAAAUGAAUAAAUAAAUAAAAUAGAUAAAUAUAUAAAAAGAAGAAAUAAAUCUUUGUUCUGUUAGUGACAUGAAGCAUUUCCACUUACAAUAUGAUGUACUUUAAGAAGAAUGUAUCUGUACAGCUAGCAUAAUGUGAACAGUCUUUAGGUUCUUUGUCUUACAUGCCAUGUGCAUCUUGUGAAUCACUGACUUACGUGGUCUUAAUGAGGUACUAAAGAAAUGCUAAUACUUAUUUUUAGUGUCGGGUAAACACUUGUCCUUCCCAAGCAGCCAACACAGUAGCAGCACUGAUAAUGUUGUGUGAAUCAGAACUGAAAGAUAACUGAAAGUAAGGGCUCAUGCCAGGAUGUUGUCUAUGAUGUUUUCUUUUUUCCACAUUUUUUUCAUUCACUAAUUAACAAAUCAAAGAGCUGGUAACCAGCUAGUAUCUAGUCAUUUUUUUUUGGUUUGUUUUUAGCUUCAUUUCAUUUUGAUUUUUAAAGAAAAACAGAUGCAAAACAUAGACACAAUUUCUGUGUUAUUAAUGAAGAUGUGCAUUAAAUAAGUGGGUGAAUAUGUCCUGUCACAUUCACUUCUGAAAAGGAAACAAUGUAUCAUUCCUCCUUAAACAAAGUGCCAGAGAAUACAUGCUCCAAACAAGCAAACAAACAGCACUUAAUAGUAGCCUACAUUCUCUGUGUUUUCUGUCUCUCAAGUUAACAGGGAGACAUAGAUGUAGGCCUGAUACUAUUGUUUACAGUUACAGAAUGUUAGAAUAGGUCACUGUAAGGGAUUUCUGACAUAGAGCUGUUAUUGUUAUUGCUGUGCUCCUUGUGCAAGAUAUUAUUGUGUUAUACAAAUAUUUUGUGUGAAAAAAAGUGUUUGUUUUAUGGCCUGCGGAAUCAUGUCAGUGUGUAGAGGAGUUGUGCUCUUUUCUUGUGUGUAAUGGAGACCAGUUUAUUAUUUAUGGAAUGGAUGGAAUGGUUGAAACCAAAUGAGUGAAGACCCCCUUCCAAUGUCCUUGCUGGUUAGUCUUAGUCUAAGGUUCCAGCCAGCAGUUCAUUGAGGUAUAUUAUGUGGGGAGGACCCUGAGAGUCAAAGUGACUGAGAGGGGAACUACAAUAAAGCUUUGGUCAGAUGUGUAGUACAUGUGUCAGUUCAGUGAAUUCAUUUGAAUGUAACUUGAUAUUCUCAUAUUGUGUUUCUCAAUGUGGGUGAACCCCAUGUUUUCAUAAUUGUUUCUCUGUGAGAGAAUUAUCCUAUGUUGCUCCUUUGUUUUAUUCAUUUUC